AUGAACCUGUCCUUCAUCGUCAUCUACAUUGUCGUCCCGAUACUCGGAAUUGCCAUUAAUUUAUACGUCUUUGCGCGGCUGAUUCGGGUGGCCAGGGUGAAUGCCGUUCGUUUCGAAACGACUUCCGCUUUACCAUUAUGUGGCAUGACGGUGGCAGAUUCUGUGUGUCUACUUGCCGAGUUUUCACAGGUAAUUUUCCAUAUGUGGAACAUGCGAGCCGCGCACGACAUCGAAACGCCACGCAGCGAAAAUCAGCUGGCCGUGUUCAAUGUGUUUUGCAAGGUAAACAUCUUCCUGAUGCACACGACAUCCGCGUUCUCCGUGUGGUCGUGGCUGGUGUUGUCAAUAUUGCGAUAUACAGCUGUCUUCCACCCGUUGAAAUAUCGAACGAUAUGGCGGCAGCCGAGGGAUGCGUUAAAGCUCCUGCUCUGCUUUUGCUGCUUCUUCGAGUCGUGGAUCCUCUUCGUCGCUGUUUACAUCUACGGCGAGCAAGAGGGCGAGACGGAGCACAGCCCCGGGAUGUGCGGCGAGAAUCGGGAAAUCGAUACCUCAACGAGAAAAACGGCACACUUAAUGGAUGUCACUCUAUUCUACGCCGUACCCGCAAUAUUACGGAUAUUCUUCGACGGGAUCGUCCUUUUCCACUGCUACUCCCCAUACGGCACGAUCGAGGAGCCGCCUUCUUUUUACGAAAGAAGAUACGCUAUUUCACUUCCGAGCAUGGAGCGGAGCUCAAGGAUAUCGAUUGCCGAGAGCGACUUCCUGGGUGGUGGUGCAAAUAUGGCACUUGUGGUGUCAAUGGCCCAAUGUACUGGAGAUCACAUGUCCAAAAAACGGCUACUCUACCAAAAGCGCCGUCAAUCGAUGAUAAUGCGAUCGAUCACCAUCUCGGCGUUGAAUCUACU